UACAACCGUAGAAGAUUUCGCGCAAGAACUACUCCAUAACGUUUCUUCACUAGUUGAGUACCCGCCUUCCUCAUCUCCAGGUGUCGUUCCUGCGGUGUCGUGCGUCCGAAGAACACGCGAAAAAAUGUGGAAGAUCGGACGGUAUUAAUGUCGUUUGCGCUAAUCGGGUCCGAGAUCUGCUAAAUUACAUGUUGUGCGAGGGUUAGUGUCGAAAGAGGAUACUGCAAGAGGAAGCACUAAAAACUUUUGUAAUUUGCAACCAAUGUCUUGCUGGUUCGACUAGUUCCAAAAAGCGACAUGGAUUUUGUUACGAGGUGGCGGCCCGUCUUCGUGCUGGGGAUCUGUCUGGGGGUGUUGACGUGUUGCAGCUGCGAUGAGACCACGGAGGUGUCGUAUAGUGUUAGUACUAGUACUAGUGUGGAGCAGGCGAAGAAUGAGUCGCUGGGGGUGCCGCAGAGUGCCGCCUUGGUGGAUCCGGAUGCGAAUCAUACGAGGGAGGCGUUGACGAGAGACGCUAGUGACCAUGAAGCGGUGGUAUUUAUUGGGGACACCUCGGGCUACGUCCCCUUACCGAACCUGAGGACCCGCGACCUCCCGUCCGCCCCCGACGACGUCGACUGGCACCACCCCGUGGAGAGCUGGGACCGCGAGUACAGGAGAUUCCGGUUCAACACCACGCGGGUCCAACAUAUCGAGGCGGAGUGCCAGGACGACUACAUGAAAAUCAGGAUCGGAUUCAACGGAACCUUCACGGGACUGGUGUACUCGGCAGGUUAUGCCUACGACCCAGACUGUAUGUACAUCAACGGCACAGGCCGCGACUAUUACGAAUUCUACAUCCAGCUAAAUCGAUGUGGAACUUUGGGCAAAAAUACCCACAACGACGACAACCGGAAAACCCCUACAAAAAACUUCAUGUGGAACACCGUCACCGUCCAAUACAACCCCCUCAUCGAGGAAGAGUACGACGAGCACUUCAAAGUGACCUGCGAGUACGGCUACGACUUCUGGAAAACCGUUACGUUUCCGUUCUUAGACGUCGAAGUCGCCACGGGAAAUCCGGUAGUGUUUACGUUGACACCUCCGGAAUGCUACAUGGAAAUCCGGUACGGUUACGGCACGAGUGGGAACCGAGUCACCGGACCAGUCCGGGUGGGCGAUCCCUUGACCCUCAUUAUCUACAUGCGCAGCAAAUAUGAUGGGUUCGACAUUGUGGUAAACGACUGCUUUGCCCAUAAUGGGGCCCACAAAAAAAUCCAGCUCAUAGAUGAAUACGGGUGUCCGGUCGACGACAAGCUGAUUUCGCGCUUCCGGGGUUCCUGGUCGGAAACCGGAGUCUACGAAACUCAAGUGUUCGCCUACAUGAAGACGUUCCGGUUCACCGGAUCGCCGGCCCUUUAUAUCGAGUGUGACGUCAGGAUGUGUCAUGGAAGAUGUCCGAGCCAACCCUGCCACUGGAGGAACGUGAAAAACGUGAAGAAGCGUUCAAUCGAGGCCACCACUCAACCCACCACCUUACCCACAAACACAGCGCCUUUAUCAGAAAACGUCAACCUGUUUCAGGCUUUGAGGGUUCUUCAGGAGGGCGAAUCGGAAGAAGAGCGGAACGUAACGUUGACACGUUAUGAGAUGGACCCCAACAGCGUUUGCUUAAAAACCGGCUGGUUUUCCGCGCUUCUAGCGCUAGGGGGCGGCGCCAUGUGUCUGUUGGGGGGUGCGCUUUUAGCCACCUGCACCCGAAUGAGAAGAGUUGCCAUAGAUAAAGUACUAGCGAGUUCCCAGUUUAACGGUUACAUGAACCACAAGGGCAGUAUUAAUUAAUUAAAUCUAAAACGUAGUUUAAUUUCAAGUGCAAUUAUUUUUUACCCGAAAGCUUUAUUUUUGUAAUCCUAUCAGUGCAUAUUUAUGGAAACGAAAUAGCUCUUUAAAGCGUAAGUGAGUGAUCUUAAUCGUAAAAUAACUUAGCGUACACGACAUAAUUUAUUUUAUACUUAAGACGCACUAGAGUAGCAGUUUAUUACAGAGUUAUGAAUCUAGAGUAAGUUAGAUGUUAGUUAGUUCAACGAAAUACACGUACACGGAGAAUUCGUUUGAAAAUUAACUUCUUCUUCUGUAUGUGUAUUAACGGUGUACGACACGGAUCCAAAUUUGUGUCGAACACUUGAAACCUGUACAUAACAAGUUAGUUUUAAUUUACUGAAUUUGUCUCGAUCAAUAAAGUAUUUCGAAAA